AUGAGCAAGACGACGGCUGCUAAUCCGCAAGGGGUCCUGGUCACCCCACUGAAGAUCGCAUCAGAGCUCUCAUUGUAUGGCUUCGGCGGCGGCGGCUUGCAGCCGUAUGCUCUCAACCUCGUCUACCGGGUCUUCACGGUCAUCAAACCGUCCACAUACGCGCUACAAGACAUCGCCGUCGUCAGCCCGCAGGACGACCUGUUCUGCUUUACCAACUUCUCCCAGCACCCGGGCAUCCUGCACUCGACCCUCUUCGCCGCCCAGGCGUUCCAGGAUGUGGCCCUGGGGCAGCCCUACAGCACGACGGCACAGCUGCACCUGGCCAAGGCGCUCUCCCACCUCCAGCGCAGUCUCGACGACCAGAAAGAGGCCGUCGAGCUCUCCACCAUGGCCGUCGUGGCCUCCCUGGCCAUGGCGGCCGUCAUCGCCGGCGAUCUCUCUACAGCGGCGAAGCACAUGGACGGCUUGCAUCGCAUCAUCGAGCUGCGCGGUGGCUUGCAGUCCCUCGGGCCGGAUAGCAUGAUUGAGCACAAAGCGCGGGCCAUCGACAUCGGCCUCGCCAUGGCCCACGGCACGCCCCUCCGCUUCGCCGACGCCGAUACCACCAUCGCCUGGUCGCCGCAGCUCGCCCCCGCCAGCCGCUCGGCGUCCCGCUCGUUCCCCGAGCUGGCCGCCGCCGCGCGCCCGCCCCGCUCUCGGCCGGACCCGCGCUUGCUCAACGUCUGGGCCGACCUGCGCGAGUUCGCGCGGCGGGUCAACGACGCCGGCGCCGGCGGCCGCGGCGAGAAGGUCCCCGGCCCGGUGGCGGCAAGGCUGACUACCUCCGUGCCGGUGCGGUUGUUGCGGUUGCGGAGGCCGUUGCCGUUGCCGUUGCCGUGCAAUAAUGGUGGUGGUGGUGGUAAUGGCGGUGAUGGUGGUGGUGAUGAGGCGGGGGCGGUUUUGCAUGAGAUGCUUAGACUCAGCAUGCUGGCGUUUGCGAAGAUGCUGCUGAUCAAGCUGAGGGGGUUUGGGCGGAAGAUGACGGACCUGGCGGAGGGGUUGAAGGCGGCGUUGUUGGCCUGGGAAGCUGAGACGCGGCGCGAGGAGGCGCACGAUGAUACCCGCCGGGGGCUUCUGGAGCUGCUGCUCUGGGGCUUGUUGGUGGCAGGCGUGUCGAUUUUUGAAGAUGCGGAUGACGAAUGGCUUGGCGAGAUGCUGCUGCGGGCCGUGUCGGCCUUGAUUGCGGACGUGGGCCGAAGCGAGGGCUGUGCUCAAGGCGUUUUUGUGGAUCGAUGUUUUGUUUGA